UGUGGACAUCAACAUAAACUCUUGACUUAUAAAUGUUAGUGCUGUGUAUAUUUUCUGUACCGUAUCAUUAAAGUUGGAAAUCCAACCAAACUGUCUUCGCCAGGAUGAGUGUCUUUUACCAUGAAGAGCCACCAAAUCAUUCUAAGAAGAGCAAAUUCCUUGCUGCAACUUUAAAGGAUGUGUUUUCGAAUUGCAGCGCUUGUGGUGGACAGAUUUCAACUCCAGGCCCGGAGGAAGAGCAUCUAACUACCGACGUUGAUGAUGACCAGGAAAUUAUUGUUUCAGAAAUUCGAAGCCGGGCAAUGGAGAAGUUGAGGCACAAACCCUUUGUUUUCACUGACAGCUUUUCCUGGGUAUACUCUCCGAUGACAGGAGAAUUGUUUGUAACUCCGAAGGCUGUUCAACAAAAGGAGGAUGAUGACAGCAGCGAGGAUGAAAAUGAUGAUGCAAGAGAGGAAUUUUUCUCUGUAGGGAGUUGUUUAUCCUGUUGUUCAAGUGCUUUGAGCAGGGAAGUAUUUGUUUCUGCCAAGACAAUCUCCUCUCCAUGUUCAAGCCUCAACGGGUUUGAGUUUCCAGAUUUUCCAAAGCGUUCGAUACUACAGGAGUUCUGCUGUCACUGUCAGGGAUGGCCAUUUGGUCUAUGCAGGAAGGCUGUGUUACUUCCACCUUUGCCCAAAUCCCCUUCUGAAUCUUGGUCCUGGCGCAAGAGUGCAAGGAUUGUCAAGAUAGCUUAAGAGUUGGGAGCAUCCUUCAUCCUAUUUUCGGGCUUGUUGGUAAUGGAAAGCACGCAUGCAAAUCAAGAUUAAAUAGUAAAUAAUAAGAUAUCGGUUACGAGAAA